GCGCCGCGUAGCGCAGGCACACGACACACUGAGAGGCCGCAUGUAGGCACGCCGCGAUGAGUAGCGAUGUGAUAGCUGGCGUGGUGGCGCCGGUGGUGGUGGUCGACGACGACAGCGCUGCGAAGACGGCGGCUGGACUGUUCUCGCCCCCGGAUAGUAAGAAGAGGAUGGUGUUUGAGGAUAGCGAUUCGGAGCUGAGCGAGUUGGAUGAGGAGGGGUAUUCGAUUGGUGCGCGGCCUGGGAUGGGGGAGGUGAAGGAGGAGAGGGAGGGGGGAGGGGGGAAGGAUGAAGCUGGGGCGGUUGGCGAGGAGAGGAAACCCGAGGAGGAAGAGGCUGCUGAGGAGAAGGAGCCGGAGGUGGAUGUGGAUGAUAUUGGGGAGGUGGUGCCGGAUCACUAUGCGGAUGAGGGGAGAGUGCCGGUGUUCAAACCGACGAUGCACCAGUUUAAGGACUUCCAGGUUUAUAUGGAUCGCAUCAACAAAUACGGCAUGCAAUCCGGCAUUGUGAAAGUGGUCCCCCCACAAGAGUGGCUCGACAACCAACCCGCGCCUGACGAAAUCAUCAAGACGAUUCGAGUUCGCGAGCCGAUCAAGCAGGAUAUCAUGGGCACGAAUGGGACGUAUCGCCAGAUGAACCUGCUGCACCAGAGAGCGUAUAAUCUUCCGGAGUGGCGCCAAUUGUGCGAUCAGACUGAACAUCAGCCUCCUGCGCGACGUGGUGAGGUGCGCGCGACGCAGGAGAAGACGAGGAGUAGCGGUCGCGUUAAGAAGGAGAGCACACCAGCGGGGGAGAGAGUGGCUGCGCAGUCGAGAAAGAAGAAUGGGCGGGCGUCGAGGAAGAGCUUGGCUCAGAAAGACGCGGAUAAGGACCAGAAGGAGAGGCUGCCAACACCGACUUCUCCACCCAUCAAGCCGGACGAUGACGCCGAGGCACCCAAUCUAGAGCUGCUCGAGGAGGACGAGCCACCGCGUAAGCGUAUGGGUGGUGGUGGUGGCGGACGGGGAGGGAAGGCUACUACGGUGUCUUCGCGCCGCAAGUACGGCCGCAGAGAAACGGCAGGAAAGAUCGAUGAAGCUGCAUUCGAGAACUUCGAGUACAAGAUGGACAUCUCCGAUUACACUCCCGAACGCUGCGAAGAGCUCGAGCGCGCCUACUGGAAGACCUUGACUUACGCACCUCCGCUGUACGGCGCGGAUAUGUUGGGGUCUCUGUUUGACGAGAGGACGACUACUUGGAACCUUGGAAAUCUGCCGAAUUUACUGGAUGUUAUGGGCACCAAGAUUCCGGGUGUUAAUACGGCUUAUCUGUACCUUGGGAUGUGGAAGGCUACGUUCGCGUGGCAUUUGGAGGAUGUCGAUCUCUACAGUAUCAAUUACCUCCACUUCGGUGCUCCCAAACACUGGUACAGCAUUUCGCAGCGGGACGCGAGGAAGUUUGAGGCUGCUAUGAAGAGCAUCUGGCCCACGGAUGCUAAAGAAUGCGAUCAGUUCCUCCGACACAAGACAUUCCUCAUCUCUCCAUCUACUCUCCUCAAGAACUACGGCAUCAAGGCCAACAAAAUCACGCAUUUCCCCGGGGAGUUCAUGAUCACUUUCCCAUACGGAUACCAUUCUGGAUUUAAUAUGGGCUAUAACUGUGCUGAGGCUGUCAACUUCGCGAUGCCAUCCUGGCUGGAGAUGGGACGGAUUGCGAAGAAGUGCGAUUGCGCCCAGGCUCAGGACAGUGUCUGGAUCGAUGUUGCACAGAUUGAGCGCAAGAUGCGUGGAGAAGAGACUGAUUACGAGGAAACUGACGAGGAGGAGGAAGAAGAGGAAGAUGAGGGCCCGACCGAUCUCCCAACUCCUCCGGAAAGCAGUGGCGAUGCAAAACUUAAACAGCCUCGACGCAAGCGGAAGCGUGUCGUUUCUGAUAAGGAUGGAGUAGACAGGACGAAGCGCAUUCGCAUCCGCAUGAAGAUCUCAAGCGAGCCUUGCUGUCUGUGUCCUAACGACAUCAAAACACAACCUCUCAUCCCCACCGAAGAUGGCCGUAAAGUGCAUCGCCUCUGCGCCGAAUACACCCCCGAAACCGACAUCGACGAAGGCAUCGUCUACAACGUCUCCGCGAUCGGAAAGGACCGCCUCGAUCUCAAGUGCAUGUUCUGCCACAGCCGGAAGGGCGCCAAGAUCCAAUGCUCGCAGCGGAAGUGCACUCGGUCGUACCACGCCACGUGCGCGGCGGCUGCGGGCAUGUUUGUCGAGACGGGGGAGAUCCCGGUGUUUGGCGAGGAUGGGACGGAGUACAAGCAGCAGGGUAUUGAGUUUAGUUGUCGCUUCCAUCGCGCGAAGAGGGAUAAGAAGCUGGAUGAGUAUGCGUUGGAGGAGGAUGAGGAUAUUAGUCGGGCGGCGAUGGCGGUGAAGGAGGGGGAGAUCUGCCAGUUUCAGUUCUUGAGGAAGGAGAUCUUUGCGGGUGUUGUGGUGGAGAAUAGGACGAGCGAAGAGGUGCUGCUUGUUGAUAUCUUGCCUUCUGGUGAUCGGUUCGAAGUUCAGUAUAAGUAUAUUCUGCUACCAGAUCCUACCGACUUCCAUCUACCUAAACCCUCCGACAAGGCAAUCCCGAUGCCAAGAUCACGACACGCGAAGGAUGCCCUCGUCACAACCAAACGCCACGCCGAUGACCUACCAAGAAAAGACGACGCCUUUGUCGAAGGCGCCACUUGGGCAGAGUUCAACUCCUUUAACACACCUAGGAACCCGGCUCAGGUCAAGGUCGACCUAUCGAAGGAGAGGCAGGUUAUGUAUUAUAUGGGCAAGACCUCGACGGAAGCCAAAGCACAGUAUACAGCGGAUUGGACAAAACCAGUCUACGAUACCAGAUGCAACUUCCUCGAGACCAUUCCCAAGCCACCCCCAGCACCGCGGGCUUCAUAUCCAGCCUCUUACCCUCGGCCGAGUGGGCGCGCUAUCAAUCCCUCCAGACCGGCGCCUCCAAGGCCGCCGACGACAUCUUACAAGCCCAUUCUACCGCCUUCCUAUUCGCAGCCGCAACAGGUAUCUGUUAAAUCGGAUAAACCAUACGUAUAUAAGCCCAAGGCCGAACAGUACUAUGCAGAUCGACAGGUUAACAAUUCGCAGCUGUCCUAUACACAAGAUCCUUCCCAGCAAUACCGGCAGCAGUCGCAGCCAUAUCCUUAUGGAACGGAUUCACGAUGGAGGCCUGCGGAUAAUAGGGCACAGAGUCCAUAUGUCGCGCCGGCUCAACCGCGAGGACCGGUCGCGCAGAACCAUUACAAUAAUUUCAGUGCUCCCAAUCCUCUACAACAGGGCAAUAACCAUACACCGCUCGCCCCGCAUUCACAUUCCCAUCCCCAGGCCAUGCAGGCGAAGCAAACCCAUAACGAAAGCUCCGUCCAAAAACCUACCGCGAAAUCCCACGGCCACCGAUCCUCAAGUUCAAGCGCCUUCAAAUUCAACGAUGUCUUCCAGAAAUACCCAUACCUCCAGAAACAGCACAACAAAGCACCAGGCACCUACCGCUCCCCGUACCGGCAGGACAUGUUGGGCUUCUGCAACGGCUACGAGGGGGACUUUAGGAAACAUAUGGAGGCUCAGAUGCGCAAGGAUCCGAGGUUGCUAUCUCAGCAUAUGAUGCAAGCCAGCAGCGGGCAGCUAUCAUCACAACCCAAAACCACGACCGCGACUGCCGAGACGCCCAGGAAAACCUACCCAGCCAUCCUCCCGCCGGCGAGAGAACCCUACAGUUCCCCAGCUGCGAGUUACUACCCCAACGGCGCCGCUGCCGCCGCCGCCACCGCCGCCACGUCGAACGCGCUGAAGCAGCAGCAGAUGCUGCAGCCGCAGAUUACGAAGCCGACGAUGGCGGGGGGGCAGUGGGAGAAGAAGGAGGCGGGGGGGUUGCAUCCGGCUAUUAGGGCGGAGUAUGCGAAUGGUGGGGGGGUGGUGCAGGGGUACCAGGGUGGGGGGAGUGCAGUGGGGAUGGUGAGGAGGGAGAGUCCAAUUUUGCCGCCGGGGUAUCAGAGGCCUCAAGUGCAGCCUCAGACGCCGCAACUACAACCUCAGCAACAGGCAGAAUCUCCUGCAGCGGGGCAGUGGAACGCACACCUCCACCAGCCCCAGCAGCAGAUGACCCACGUCGCGACUCCCCCACCACCACCGCCGCAACAGCAGCAGCAGUCGGGGUCAGUACACAUGAGUCCCGCAGCACAAUAUUACUCCCGCCCCCCCUCGCGACCGCAGUCUUCUCCGCUCACGCAGCUGGCGUUGCAGCCGCAGGUGAACGCUGCUGCGGUUGAGAAUGUACCGCCGCCGGUGCAGAAUUUCUCGCAGAGUUAUAGUAAGCCUGUUAAGAGCUUUUAUUCGGAUACUUAUCAUGCUGUUGGGGUGGUGGGGAGGAAGGGGGGUGUAGCUGCUGUUGCUACACCAGUUGCAAUGGCGCACGGUGGUCCGGUGUUGAGUUUACCACCCCAGCAGGUGGUGGAGACUAAAUCCAACAGCUUCACUGGCGCCCCUGUUGCGUUGGAGACUAAAAUCCCAGACAGUGCUGCUGCUGGGGCGAUGGAUGGUGUACAGAUGGGUGAGAUCCCAGAAAUGGACACCGAUUCGGCGGGGAUGAUGGAGACGCUUAUGCGGAACCUGCAGAGGGCUGCGAGGCAGGGACAAGUUUAACCUUGUCCUGUUUCUGUACAUGAGGGGAGG